AUGAAUUUUCAAGAAUAACUUUAGUAAAUUAUAUAGGGGAUAUUCUCUCAAAAUAAUUAGAGUAGAAAAUAAGGGGAAGAUCGGUUGGCUUAACUAAGAGAGGCUUAACCAAAUGAAUUUGUAAUGCAAAUGCUCAAUCUUUGUAGACACGAGGAAUUAAAAAUCAGACAAUUUGCUCCAGUUUACUUGCGAUAUAGUCUGUCCAAGUUUGCUCCAAAGAGUCACAAGAAUGUUUGGAAUUAAUUGAUAUCAGAAACCAAAGAAACUGUAAAGUUGCAUCUCUUCUAAUUUAUUGAAGUGGAAAUGAGUCAUAUAGUCAGAAACUAAUUGUGCGAUACAAUAGGUGAAAUAGGGGGAUCCUUGUACGAGGAUGACAGCCAUAAUGAAUGGCAUAAUUUGCUACCAACCUUAUGGCAGAUGUUUUUGUCACCAAAUAAUGAUAUAAUAGAGUGCGGAUUCAAAAUCCUUGGGAAUCUCUUUAUGUAUUCAAUUGAUCAAUUCGAUAAACAUUACCAGGAUCUUCAUACAUUGUUUGUUUAAGGAUUAGCCAGUCCGUAAAUUAAAAUUAAAUCGUCUACCAUGCAUGCUCUCGGUAAUUAUGUUAAAUAUGCAUUGCCUGCUCAAUAUAAGAUAUUUUAAGACUUGAUCUCAAAUAUGAUGAAGUCUGCACUCGAUAUCACAAUAUAAGAUCAAUCUUUAGGAGAGGGAAUCAUGGAAGUGUUCUCAAACAUAGUGGAUUCUAAACCUAAGUUUUUGAGAAAACAGUUCAAUAUCUUCUUUAAUGGUAUAUAUUGCAUGUUCAGAGAAUCCCAAAUUGACAAUGGUGUUAAACGAAUAGGAACUGAAACUUUAUUGAGUAUGGUUGAGAAAUUUCCAGGAUUGUUUAAAUUUGAAAAAAUCUAUUUAAUGUAAGUAGUUGAGAUGAUAUUCUAUCAUAUGAUUCAAAUAAGUUCCACAAUCACCGAUGAAUGGAUGAAGCCUCCAGAAGGAUUUAACGAUGAUAUAGAAUAGGAUGAAGACUGUGAGACUACAAGAUUUGGAAUGUCGAGUAUAGAUAGACUAAUAGAAUCAUUAGGCAGAAAGGAAAUGUUACCUUUAUUAAAUCCAAUUGUAAGUGAGUUGUUAAGACAUUAAGAUUGGAGAUGUAAACAUGCUGCUAUAAUGGCUUUAUCUCAAGUAGGUGAAUACAUAGACUAAGUUACUGAUAUCAAAUCAACUAUAGAAUUGAUAUUGCCAAUGUUGAAUGAUAGUAAUUCAAUGAUUAGAUAUGCUGUAUGUCAUGCAAUUGGAUAGAUUGCUGAUGAUAUGAAACCGAAGUUCCAAGAAUCUUAUUUGCACAUUGUAGUGCCGUAAUUUUUGAACCGUUUAACUCUUGAAGAUGUGCCAAGAGUAAACUCCCAUAUUUUGGCUGCUCUUACCAAUUUUGUGGAGGGUACUGAAAAAGGCAUCGAGGCCUAUUUACCUAAUUUAAUUCAGUUGUCAAUUAAAUUUUUGAACAUAGGCAUUUCUAUUGAGAAAGAAAAUGCCAUUAGCGUUAUUGCAGCCACAGCAGAAUCAAGUAAAUUGUUCUUUAUCCCCUACGUGAAUGAAUUAUUACCAUUGUUAUUCUAAAUAUUUUCAACUCAUCAAACCAAACAGUACAGAUAGUUGAAAGGUUAGGCUAUUGAAACAAUCACCUUAAUAGCUUCGGCAGUUGGAGAGUAAGUGUUUCUACCUUUCUUAUAAUAGACAGUUUAGAUUCUAAUUCAAGUAUAAACUAGUAAUUUGGAAGCCAUUGACCCGUAAAAGUCUUAUGUACUUUCAGGAUGGCAGAGGCUGGCUUUAGUUUGCCCUUAGCAAUUAGCCAAAUACCUGGGUGAAAUUGUGCCUUCCUUAUUCAAACUAAUCUAAUAGGUGUUUAACAUCAACACCACAGAAUCAAACAAAAAGAAAGAAUUGCUUACUUAUGAUAAUGAGGAAGCCGAAGUUGCAAUACAUAUGUUAUCAGUCUUUAUUGAGGAACUAAAACAGUCAUUCUUUCCUUUUGUGGAGAAGUGCAUAGAAUUGAUUGUGCCCUUGUCCUAAUUCAACUCUGAUGAGACCAUUAGAAGUGCUGCUUGCAAGUGUUUGGUCAGUUUGGUCAAGGUUGUAAAGGAAACCAACAACUCAUAGUAAUUGAUGAAUGGGGCUAAGUAUUUUCUUGGUAUCAUUUUGGAAGCUGCUUUUAAAGAAUCUGAUCCAUCUGUGAUUAUUGAAUAGAUUGAUUGUAUUAAACAAAUCAUAGAUAUUGUAUCCUCACCUUUUAUGACAACAGAGGAAGUCUCAGAGCUAUCUGAUAAAUUAUUUAAAUUAUUGUUAGAAUCGGAUAAGCGAAGGGCUUAGAACGAGAAUUUGGCUAAGGAAGAAGAUGUGGAUGAGGAUGAAAAGAACGCUAUAAAGGAGUAGACGGAAACUGAAGAGAAUCUGCAUGGAAAGAUUGCUGAAUGCAUUGGUUCAUUAUUUGAAUCUCAUAAGGAGUUGGUCUUACCUCUCUCUGAAGUUAUUUGCAAUCAAAUAUUACAAAAGGUGCUUGAUUAGCCCAAAUUUGUUAAGAUGCAUCAAUUUGGACUCUCACUUUUAGAUUACAUCGUAGAAUAUUUUGGAUUUCCUUAUAUCCAAAAACAUUUCAUUGAUUUUGCUUAAGUCUUAACUAUCUAUGCAGUUGAUCCGAUAUGCUCAGUCAGAUAGGCAGCUGUAUAUGGAAUAGGUGUAAUGGCUACAAACACUCCUUAAGAGUUGUAUUUAUAAGUCUCGCAAUCCCUAAUAAAAGCAGUGGUCGAUUCGUUGAAAGCACAGAAAAAUGAAGAUGAAAAUGAAAAAUAAUUUGGAUUAGCAAGAGACCAUUCAAUCUCUGCUUUGGGUAAAAUCCUUAAAUCUCAACCGCAAUCAUUGGGAUAAGAUUUAGUUUGGGGUUUUGAAACUUGGUUAUAUCUAUUGCCUUUGCAAUACGAUAAAAGAUAGGCACACUUCUAGCAUAAUCUAUUGGCUGAAUUCAUAAUAUAAAAGGGAGGAUACUUCGUUAAUGGUAAAUCUGAAAAUGCAUUUCAUAUUCUCAAAGUACUUGCUAAUUGUUAUAAAUCAAAGUGGUCUACAAUUUCAUUAGAUUCAUAAAUAGUUAAUGCGCUUAGGGUCUUUGAAUAGUUAGACUCAGUGAAGGUCUUUCUGCAAUAAAUAUUUUUAAAAUUGAGUCCUGAAGAUCAGAAGAAAUUAUUAGAAAUACCUAAAUGA